AAAGCUGAAGCUGCACCUCUCUCGCUGUUUACACAGGCCCAGUCCUUUCCCAGCAGGAGAAAUGGUUUUAAAGUCGGGAUGAAACUCGAGGGCGUUGACCCACUGCACCCCUCCCUCUUCUGUGUGCUGACAGUCGCCGAGGUGAUUGGCUGUCGGCUCCGUCUCCACAUUGACGGCUACUCCGAGUGCUAUGACUUCUGGGUAAACGCUGACUCAGCACACAUCAGACCAACAGGCUGGUGCAGAGACACCAACCACAGGCUCCACCCACCCAAAGGUCACAGUGAGACAGAUUUUGACUGGCAGCUCUACCUUGAGUCCACAGGCUCUCAUGCUGCUCCUCCCAACCUGUUCACUGAUCGCACUGCAAGCUGUGAGUUCAGCGUUGGGAUGAAGUUGGAGGCGGUUGACAGGAAGAACCCCGGACUCGUCUGCGUCGCCUCCGUCGCUGAUGUCAUCGAUGACCACUUCCUGGUUCACUUCGACAACUGGGACGACUCGUACGACUACUGGUGUGACAGCAGCAGUCCCUACAUCCAUCCUGUGGGCUGGUGUGAACAACAGGGAUGCCCUCUCACUGCUCCACAGGGUCACCCAAAACCCAGAGAACUUUGUGUGGAGGAAUACCCCAGGAGGGACAUCACUCCCAGAGCACUCACACUGGUAUAUGAAGGAACAAAUAGGUGGGGGGAGGAGGAGACGGGGGGUGGCGACGCGACCCGGGGGGCGAGGAGUUUGUGUAGUGAUGUCACCAGUUGUGAUGAUGUCACCAGGUGUGAUGAUGUCAUCAGGUGUGAUGAUGUCACCAGAUGUGUCUCCCUGCAGGUGUAUGAUGAUGUCACCGUGUGUAGUGAUGAUGUCACCAGGUGUGUCUCCCUGCAGGUGCACUAUGACGGCUGGUCGCAGCAGUUUGACGUCUGGAGCGACAGCGACCUCCCCGACCUCCAUCCAGUGGGCUGGAGCCAACGCACAGGACACCCCCUGGAGCCCCCCCCAGGCUCCGCCCCCUUGUCCUCAGGCUCCCCCCCCUCUCAGGGCGUGUGUCCCACUCCGGGCUGCCGAGGCGUCGGACACAUUAAAGGAGCCAGAUACACCGGACACCACAGUGCCUUCGGCUGUCCGUACUCAGACAUUAACAUGCGUAAGGAGGUGCUGCUUCCUGAUAGGCUCGGAGGAGAGAGAGCCGUCAACAUGGGUCACCACGGCAACCAGUCAGACAGGACACGUGUUCAGGUGAAGAUGGAGCCCAAAGACGAGAGUCUGAUGCUUCCUCUGGGGAAGAGGAAAAGACUGGCGGACAGACUGUCCCAACCAACCAAAUACCUCUGUGUGAAACAGGAAGAGGAGGAGCUUCAGGUAUCAGCCCUCGGCCCAGCAGAGUCCCAUCUGCAGGCCGCCCUGCACCAGUCUGUCUUCCUGUCGGCCAUGUCAGCUCAGCCCGGCCGAGACCUGUCUCUCUGCUGGGAGCAGCACCGCAAACUGCUGCCGGGCGCCGCCGGCGUUACCGCGGAGACGGUUAGACACUGGAGCAUCCAGCAGGUGUGUGACUUUGUCCAGUCUCUCCCCGGCUGUGAGGAUCAGGCACAACAGUUCAGAGACGAGCACAUCGAUGGGCGGGCCUUCCUGCUGCUCACCCAGCGGGACAUCGUCCGGAUCAUGGCCAUCAAACUCGGCCCCGCCCUCAAAAUAUACAACUGCAUCCUGAUGUUCAAACACGCAGAGGAAACUGACCAAUCACACGCAGAGGACCAAUCACGCGCUGAGGAAAGGAGCCAAUCACAUGCUAAGGACCAAUCACACACUGAGGACCAAUCACACGCAGAGGACCAAUCACGCGCUGAGGAAAAGAGCCAAUCACAUGCUAAGGAAAGGAACCAAUCACACAAAGAGGACCAAUCACACACUGAGGACCAAUCACACGCUGAGAACCAAUCACACGCAGAAGACCAAUCACACGCUGAGAUCCAAUCACACGCUGAUAUCCAAUCACACGCAGAGGACCAAUCACGUGCUGAGGACCAAUCACACGCGGAGGAAAGGAACCAAUCACACGACUCAGUUCAGUGGGAGGGGCUUCAUUUUCCAUCCAAUCAUCAAUCAGAUUUAAAUUUCUGAUCUAUGAUCUCAGGAGUUCUUCCAACACUUUGCUCCAGUUUCCUCUCAGCGAUUCCCAACGAACCGUCACAACUUUAAUAAGCUGCCGACCCCAAAAACUGAAGAAGACAAAAGUGUAAAGAGACGAGAGGAAUCAGCAGAGAGAACGGAGAGACACUACGGUAACGUUAUGUCCAACGUUACAGAAACACACAGUACAGGCCAAAAGUUUGGACACACCUUCUCAUUCAAUGCAUUUCCUUUUUAUUUUCAUGACUAUUUACAUUGUAGA